UUUAACUCUUCCUCAGUCUCCACUUUUUUUCUUCGGUUUCAUGCUUUCCUUAUUUUCAAUCGCCGCUCUUCCUCAGUCUCUCAAUAAUAUCUCUCAUCAACAACAACAAUAUUUGCUCUUGCAAUUUAAAGCUGCCAUUUUGAACAAUAACAUUUCACUGCGCAACUGGACUCCCUCUCUACCCCUCUGCAAUUGGACCGGCGUUAACUGCCAUCCCUCUUUUCACUCUGUCCUCGCCCUCAAUCUGUCUUACAUAAACUUACACGGCACCAUCUCUCCUAUCCUGGAGAAUCUUUCCUCUCUUCAAACCAUAGAUCUCUCUGGCAAUGCCCUCACUGGUACCAUUCCACCUCAACUAGGCCAACUUCCCUGCCUGAAAAUACUCUGGCUCCACGACAAUCACUUACAAGGAACUAUUCCGCCCACUCUCUCUGCUUGCCGUAGUCUAUAUUACCUGGAUCUCUCCUAUAACCAACUGCAUGGCAGCAUACCACCCGAGCUGAGUCUCCUCGCAAGUCUGAAGAACCUUACCUUGGGAGCAAACAAUCUCACCGGUACCAUUCCCUAUUCUUUAGGAAAUCUGUCAGCCUUAGACUGGAUUUGCAAAUAAAUGAUCUCAUAGGUACCAUUCCGCCCGCUAUCUCCGCUUGCCGCAGUUUGCAUUACCUUGAUCUCUCUUUUAACCAACUGCAUGGUAGCAUUCCACCCGAUCUAGGCCUCCUUACA